UUGCACAUGCAAUCGGUGUACAUUGUUUUGCAUUGGCCAUAAAAAUCUGCUCUCUGCCGAUUUCUCCAACAUUGAUGAAAGUUUGAAACUGUUGCCCUUGACUAUCGAGGGAAACCAUAGCGACAGAGGUUGAAUGACUAUGGCCCCAGAGAAGUCCCCAGAUGGCCGUGAGAGAUUACGAGGAUGGCUCAACCAAUCGCUGCGUGUCAGGAUGACUGAUGGUCGCACCCUGAUUGGUCUGUUCCUGUGCACCGACAAAGACCAGAAUGUGAUCCUCGGUUCAUGUGAGGAAUACCUCACCGCAACGGACGCUGGACAGAAGGAAGAACCGAGAGUGCUCGGUCUCGCGAUGGUGCCCGGCCAGCACAUUGUCUCCAUUGAAAUCGACAAGAUGGACCACAAACAGUGACCCAGUGGAAAUUUAAGUAUUGGCCUGGCCAUCCCUGCAAGCAGUUAUGAGGCUACCAUAAACGAUACUGCCCGAUGUCUGAUGGUAUUUCAUUCUGACCACUUUCACUUUGAAUGGCACCUUCUAGUGUCAGAUUAGGUCCGACUCUCUCCAGCCUGUUGGUCAGUAAAGUUCAGCGAACAACUUUGGCUGCCGUGGGAUGUUGGCAGGUGUGGUUAUACAUACAUCCCUCAAGACAAUUGGAUCUGAUGAUGUCAGUGCCUACUACUACAUGCAGGGGCAGUGCUAACUUUCGGUCAGGUUUAACUCUUUCCUCUAGUUCACAGUGGUCUUUGAUGGUUGGACUACUGUAGUCCUCUGCAGAACCAGCAUACUGCUAGGGUUGAACCAAGAGCAUUGGUUGCAGGACUUUGGCCAGUUUGACUACAGCUUGUCGUUAAAUGCAAACUUAAAACACCCAUAACUUGUCAAUGGAAUGUCCGAUGGAAGUGCAAUAAAUGGGCUCCGUGCGCCAACGAAAGAGGGUGCCCUUUUACCUAGCAACGACGUCCCAUGGGCGGGACAUUUAGUGUGUAAUGCACUGUUCCUUGUGUGUAAUGCACAUACACCAGGGGAUUUGUACUUUGUACACGCAGUGGUGGUACGGCUGUGCGUCGCGGCAAAAUUGCAGUCAGGCAAGAUGGCGUCAGUCGGUCACCCCCAACUGAACUUUCUUUGCCGGUGAGGGGGUACAUUGUACUUGUGAACAGAGCGGAUGGUGUCAUAAGAAAUUUUUUGUCUCUUUCCUAAUGCCUGCAGACCCUCAUUUCGACCUCUGCCAAGUUCUGUCUCAUUUUGCAAGAACACUUCACAUUUGUAGGAAAUAUGCCAGAAAAAUAAGAAUACAAUUUAAAGAAAAGUUUGAAAUUUUGCAGUACAUGUGUACUUCGCAGGUGGAUUGACUUUCACCACUGGUGACAAUUGGGCAAGAUCCAAUAGUGUUCGAUAGAUUUGCCGUUUUAAAAAUUGCAUUUUUGAAUAUUCUUGCAGUGGACAUGUAAACACAUCAGCUGUUCCCAUUGUUUCUGUACAAACCAUGUGUUAAACUUAGCCACUGUAAACAGUCUGUCAUAGCAAAUAUCGCUCUGUGGCAAGACCUUGGAGUGUUGCAAAAUCUGAAGCUAUGAUGAGAAGUAUUUUACAAAUAUUGUACUAAUGACUCUCAAGAGUCAGUAUUUGACUAAGUCUUAGUUUUAAAAUUUGGCCGAUACAUUUUGUCGUCUCAAAAAUUUUAUUUUCUGGCCGAAAUAAUCCUGUUGUCAAGUGGUUGAAAAGGAUUGACAGAACCAUAAUGUGAAAAGCACAUUCGAAACCUUUUUUUUUUCGAAAAAGGUGUCAUUUAUUACCUUUUCUUUACACAGUAUCAAAAGUAUAAAAAAUAAACUCCAGUCACAAAAUAGUACAAAAAUCAUCUCAUUUCUUUGAUAUAUUUCAUUGGUAUACAUGUGAUAAACUUGGUAUUCUUAACAAACUCUAUACAAAAGGUUAUAAAAAAGAUUAUAAAAAAAAAAGAAUACAAGCUUUUUUCUUAACAUUUACGUGAAUUGAAGCAAUAAGUGCAUUGAGACUAAAUGUACUUUUAUUUUUACUUUUUUAAACCUUAAAAUUGGCAUGAAAAUAGGCAUGAAAAUAGAUGAACGCUAUUGUGUGUUGUAAGGUACAAUAAAAAAGUUUUUUUUUUCACACACUACAUGUACUUUCCUAUAACACAGAGUUGAAGCUAAUGAAUGUCGUUUCAGUUAAAAUGGAAAAUCUCUGCAACUUUCCUUAAUUAGGGCAUGUUAUUCGUUUCUCAUAGGUUACCCUGAGAAGAGGCCCUGUUGCGACAUAAUUCAGAGAUCAUCUCAGGAUAAACAUUUUCAUUUCAUUGAAAAUCUACUCUUUGGGUUGCAAGGCACUGGCUG